UCUCCGUCCUCCCGUCCCUCCUGCCUGCAGAGUUUUCCGUCCUGUGUCAGGAUAACAUCGUAAACGAGGACCACCUGACGGUAAGACCGGACUAAAUGGAAGCAGCGGAGGAAACUCUCACUUACCGAGAUGUCACCGGACUUCACAGGAAGCUGCUGCCAGAGGACAAACAUAAGGACAACACGGACAGUAAGGGCCGCGCAACGGAGACAAACAGCGACGAGUCCAACUAUGUGGAUCUGGACAUGAAACCCGACGUCGCAAAAACAGUGAAAGUAACUUUCACUGGAGAGGGAAACCAGCUGUCUGUUGUGAAGUGCGACAGUUCAAAGCACGACAAGAUGGUCUUUGUUGGAGAGCAGUUAGAGGACAGGCCUGUGCCGGGUGAGCCUCCUCUGGAAACUUUGACCAAACUUCCCAACACCGAUCAGGACUCGGAGAAUGAGAAGCAGCGCCAGGCCGAGCUCGACCCGAGUGACUGCAGUGAACACGUGUGCAGUGAGAGUGAUGAGCUCCAAUACACUGACAUGUAUCUGAACAGCAAGACGGAGUCUGAUGAUGGUGCCAGCGCGGUGCUGUCCGACCACUGCGGCUCCGACACCGUGGAGGACGAGUCCCACUAUAUCACGACGCACGAAAUCCAGCUGACAGAGCUCGACCACGAUGUAGAUUACGACCUGGGUCGAGGGACCUGUUGGGACUUUGAAGACAACAACCUGGUCUAUUCCUUUGUGGAUUACGCGUCGUUUGAAAGCGAUGACACCCAGGAGGGGACUUUGAUACUGGAGGGCAGGAGCCAGCCGAAAGUGCAGUCUAAACCUGGUGGAGCAGUUGUCAGCACCGAGCAGGAUGAUAGUGAUCUUUGUGACUCGGACAAAUGCGCCAGCUCAGAUGAAAGCGUGUGCAAAAACCAAAGCGGAGACGCCAAUGGGGGGGAAAUUCAUUUAUCCAUCAAAACAUCCUCCAGGGCGGUGAACGAGCCUGUCAACAUCUUUGACAACAACACAUGUGGGUACACAAAACACUUUGGAGACAGGAGCCACUUCUCUUUUGUGAGCUCUGGCGCCAGACCGGGGCCCUUGUGCGAUAGAGCCCCAUACUUCAUCCCUGCUCCGGGCCGUCAGCACCUCGCAACCAAACUAAGACGGAAAGAUAUUAAUGAGUAUUCCAGUGGAGCGUCCAGCUCCAUUAGUGAGCUGGACGACGCCGAUAAAGAGGUGCGUAAUUUAACCGCCAAGUCUUUCCGGAGCUUGGCAUGUCCCUACUUUGAUGCCAUUAAUCUAAGCACCUCUAGCGAGUCCUCUAUGUCAGAAUGUGGGCUUAAUAAAUGGUCAGCGUAUGUGGACUUCAAUUACGGAAACAUAUCACGGGGAAGAGAGCGGAGCGUAAUUGCGCACAAGACUUCCAGCGCCACUUUGGAAAUGAAUAAGACUGUGGACGGUAAGAGACAUGGUAAGUCUAUUACCGGCAUGAAAGCUCCACAAACUAAAAUGUACGCACUGAACAAGAGAACAACCUCUCAGCAAUCGUCCUCUUCUAGCAAAAAUAUCGAUUCGGCUCAGCCAAAGCAGCGUGGAGUCACGCUGAAUUUUCGCUGUAAUGUUGAAGCGCCUGAAGGCGCCAGACGCCCAAAAUGCUCGAAGAAAGCACGACCCAAUGAGGGUACCGGGACUGUGUUGUCCAGGUCAGGAUGUGAGAUGCAAUGUCACAUAGAUGGCACGGGCGACACGCACAAAAGAGCAGUUUUUGCAUCGAGUCUGUUGAAAAACGUGAUUUCCAAAAAGAUGCAGUUCGAGCAGGAGCGCAAAAUGGAGAGGGGUGAAAGUUCUGACACAUACCCAGCGCUCUCCCCGAGUUUUCAAGGACGAGGCUUCCAAAGACAGACAUCAGAGUCAGGCUCAGGAUUUACUGUUAAUUCUGCUGAUGAUCAACGCGUGGAGGGCAGCAGACCCGGAUCCUGUGAGCCUGCGGAGGAGCAGAAAAGCAACAAACCGACAGAUAAUUCAGAAAAAUCACAAGCUGAGCCUCCAAAAGCAACUCUCAGCCUAGGUCACAGUAGUGCUUUUAAUUCAACGAAAGAAGACGAGUCAAAACCUGCAAAGGAGGCUGAACCCACAUCUGUAAGUGACACACAGACCACAGCGAAAAAAGGAUUAGACACCAGCAGCAUGCUGACAAAACUGCUUUUCGUUCCAAGCUGCCAGCUCCAUUCAAAAGAGAAAGGUUUUACAGAAGACUUGCAGAGCCGUGCACCUGUGACAGUCGCACCUGCUGGUCCACAGAAAUGUGAAAAAGAGUUCAAAACAGGCAACAAUGGAAACAUAUUAGGCAAAGAGGAGAACAAGAAGGGGGGGAAAGCCCCUGAGAUAAACAUAUGCCUGAGGAGUGUGAAGGAAAAUAAAGGCUGCACACUGAAUAUUGCCAACCUUUUAACCCCUAAAAUAAGUUACAACACUGUUAACACAUUCAGGGCAGCAGGCGAUGCCAAAUACCACAUUUUGUCCGCUUCAGAUAAAAUCCCAAACUUUACUGUUAGAGACAUAAGAGACACCAAAUGCAAGUUUCAAACACCAAUAUAUCAUGUCAGAGAUGUCCGUAAACUGGUCAAAAGUUCGUAUCGCUUUGUUUCUUUGGAUAACAGUGAGAGUAAAUGUUCCACGGCAGCUGAUAAACUCGAGGAAAAGGCCACAAAGGAGCCAGUUAAGCAUUCAUUACCAUCUCCCAUUGUGAUUAAAUGUCACUCCGUGAAAACAAACGCCAAACAGCAGACAGCUGAGGUGUCGCAGAAACAGGCAGAGGCAGGAGUCCCAUCCGAAACAUCUCAAAGUGAAAAUACGCCAUCGCAUUGCACAACUAGCAGGCCGCCAAAUGCAGCAUCAAAGCAGCUCCACCCCGACCAGUCAGAAAUUCAACCCAAUAUCGAAACCAAAGUGACAAAACAGAGGCAGGAGAAGUUUGCAGGCGAGACAGCCGACAGGAGAAACGAGCCGACGAUACCAAAACAGGCGGCGUUAGAGAAGCUCAAAGCUGCCGUCAAAACGAUGGAACAGCUUUAUGUUUUUGACAGGAACGAAUGGAAGCGUAAAACUCAAGCUCCGCAGCCGAUCACAGACAGCCACGUGUUGUCCCUUAUUGCUAGGGAGGAACAGGGAGCAGAGGAGAUGGACACAACAAACACUGAAAGGAUAACGCAGUCGGUGAUAGAUAACACAGACGCAGGCAAACCACAGGACGAUAAAGGAGCUCUGAAUAUCAUACAUGUCCCGUAUAGCGAUGACACGUUCAAAACACAAUCACAGCAGAGUAAAACGUUCAGUAACAAAAGCGUCCUUCAUUUUGGCAAUAAGGCACGCGUCAGCAUUAGUUCAGUCAGUAACUCUAUUCCACAAAGCUCUGCACUCCAGACAUCAUCGACUAUGAAAAGCUCAAACGCACCGGUGGCUCCACUGUCGGUGAAAAUAGAACCCCCGAAAAACAACCAGGUGGAGCAGGGAAAGGUCAAAAUCAUUCCCACUAAUCCCACUGUCGCACAGGCCUGUUCAGACUCUGAGAACUAUUUAACCAUACCGGGGCUCGGGUACACGAAUGAAAUCAAACUGCAGAAUCGAGAGUCGAGGGAGGUGAGUUCAAACCAAAUCAAAACACCAGAGCAGAAAAAGUCUCCGUUAAUCAUGGAGUACCCAGCUUCAAGCAUCUACCAUCACUCGGGGGCAACACCGGUGCUUCAAGCACAACAGCAGGUGUUGUGUUUCUCUCCAUCUAUCCCGGCUGUGUCACCUACACCUUCUACCGGAGAGACAGCCCCACAAACCCAGCGCAAGAUGCUGCUGGACCCCACUACAGGACAUUAUUACCUGGUGGACACUCCCAUACAGGCCACCACAAAGAGACUGUUUGACCCCGAGACAGGACAGUAUGUGGAUGUACCCAUGCCCCAUUCUCCUGUGGCACCUGUUACCCCUGUCACCACUGUGCCUCUCUCUUUGUCCCCCCUGGCUCUGAGCCCAGGAGCGUACGCCCCCACCUACAUGAUCUACCCUGGCUUCAUUCCCUCACCCACCCUGCCCUCCCAGGCGGUGCUGCCACAGUCACUGUGUCACUCUGAGGAUGCAGGAGGAGAAAAGGUAAAGAACGCCAGAAGCCCCAGAUUGGAAACUAAUACAACAGGCGGCGAGAGUGCGUAUUACAGCGCAACAGGUGAGGCUCCACAAGGUCAGCUACCUGUGAACUUGGGACAUGUGACCGCCAGAGGAGGUGCAGCAAGCUCUGACAGGAAGCCAGUUAUCAGCAUCACAACGCAACAAGGUCCAAGAAUCAUCGCCCCACCCUCCUUUGAUGGAACAACGAUGAGCUUUGUAGUGGAGCAUCGGUGACCAAGGAAACAUCUCAUCAUACAUACACCACCGAAGAGUCUGCCUUCAUUCACCGAAAGUGCAGUUUUUACCCCCGUCACCCCGCCCCACCCGUGAUCUACUUCCCAGGACAACUUCCACCAACAGCAAUUCCCGUCCCCACUCUUCUGUGUUGUUUGUUCUUGCAGCAGACAUUACUGUAAUCUGUAUGCAUCGCAGCACUUUGUAGGGUAAAUGCAUUCAGCCUCGUCCUCUGGCUGAUGCGCUGCCAUAUUGCUUUAUGUAUCUGCUUUGUAAUACUUUCCGUUCGGCUACUGUCUAGAACUCUUGAAAUGCUGUUUGUGCCCUGAAACAUGUCUAUUCAAAAGGAAACAAGGCAGAUCUUCUAUCACAGCUAGAGCUGCAUUAUUUUAUUAUUGCGAUAAUGUUAACAUGUCUUUUAAAGUGAGACUAUCUAACUUUGCAAAGGGAAAAACAAAACAUAUCUUACUUGUAUAUAUGAAAAAGUUUAACUCAUAGGCAAUAAAACAGAAUAUAAUACUGUAGAGGAUUUGCUGCUACAACCUUUCUUGGUUUGGUAUGACCUUGUUUGCAAACCUGAUAUAUAUUAUUGUGUGACUGAUUGAGUUAGUUACAUUAUUUCUCUAGUUGCGCUAUUGUUACAGAUACAUGUUUGAAUGAUUUUAUUACAAAGAUAAAAACAAAUGGUAAACCCAUCAUACCUCUCCAGGAGACAUGUUUGUUGUUCUCUGCAUGUGCAUGGAUGUAUCAGGCUAGAUACUUUACAGUUUGUCCCAAUGGCCAAAAGUGGUACUGCAACCAAAAAAGAAUCCCUUGCAGCCAAGACCGUCACUUUAAAAUUUCCACUUCUGGAGGAACUGUGGGCCAUGUUCGAAGCGGCUUCUCAAAAUUAUGGCCAGAAGGUCUCCUGUGCUUGUUGUGCCUGUAACAAAAAAAAACCCACUAGUGAACAUCACCGAUGAGGCAAGGCUUAAUCCAGGCUGUUAACAACUCCGAGGAACUCCUUCUCCUGACUCCAAAGCUGGAAGACUUGAGGAAAGCCGUAUCAAAUUAAUAGUAGUCUUAGAGUCUAAGUUGACACUCCUCGUUUUCAUGCAAGGGUCAAGUACAUUGCCUAGCCUUCCGGUGAAAGCCGAGAUGUAGAGUUUUCUGUUUGGUGGCCUCAUGAUUGCAUCUCUGCUUUUUGUGGAUGAUGCAGCACUACUGGUUUUAUUAGUCUAUGACUUCCACUGUGCACUUGUUGAUGUUUGUGGCCUUGGUUAAAGUGGCGGAGACACAGGAUGAUGUCCAGUCUGGUAGCUUGUUAGAAAAUGGUGGAUUGCUUCUUUCACGUUUUUUUAAGUGAGUCACUACCCAAAGUUAAGGACUUGGGGUUUUGUACACACGGGAGGACAAGGUGAAGUGAAACUGACAGACGGAUUAGUGAUAUGUCAGCAGGGAUGUGGACGCUAAACGGUUGUGGCGAAGAGAUAGCUGAGACCAACUGAUCUCCAACCCUCCCCUUUCGUCAUAGCUUUGGGUAAUGACUGAAAAGUUGCAAACACAAGCCAAGCAGGUUUGGGCAGCUGAUUUGGAUGCCUCCUGGGUGCCAACCUGUAGAGGUAUUCCAGACACAACAACCGGCAGAUUCAAAAUAUGCUGGAGGGGUUUAAUAUCCCAUGUGGCCUGGGAAUACCUCAAGAUCCUCCAGGAAAGAAUGGAAGGUGCGGUGGGAAGACUACCUUGAUGGAUGGAUGGAUGGAUGGAUGGAUGGACGUCAGUAAAGUAAUUGACAAAACACUCUCAGAGCUUCACACUUUCCUGCAGUUGCUGCUUGUGGCCACAGUGGCCGCUGUUAAUCAAAAGUUACAUAGCCUUGCUUUAAUUCAGACAAUUAUAUAAUCACUUACAUUGAAUACAACCUGUAAUGUGUACUUUACAGUUUUCUGAGGACAGGGACCAUUUGACUGCACUGAAUAAAAAAAAAAAAAAAAUCAACAGAUUAAUGUUGAAUCACCUAUUUUGAAGAUAAAUAAAUGAUGGACACCUGGACAUUGCUAUGUGUCAUAUUACGUCUCUGCAACACUAAUUUGGCACAUUGAAAAUAACAUUUUCAUGUUUUUUUUUAGGAGUCUGUGGCUCAUGUUGGACUUGAAGUAUGUGUAACCUUUGUGUCAUGUCUCACAAAAUGCUGAUAAUACCUGCACAAGUGAAUGCUGUAUGCAAGCGGUGUUUGUUUAUACUUUUAAAAGCACACUCCUCACAUGUUCCAGUGAAAAGAAAAAAGAAACACACCAUGUGUGUGUUGCUCAGAUGAAGCGGAGCUGGGAUUCUGGUUUAACAGUGUACUUAGGUCAAUAUUUCCUAAGUAGCGUUAGGCCUAAUGAGUCAGAGCCAGCUGAGAUAUUUAGGGGAUAACUUCCUCUAUUGGUGUUGGGGUUUAUUUUACACUUUUGUGUAAUGAGAUGGGAAUUGUGUGCAUCUGAAUGCGUUUGUGUUUGUGACUGUGAGUUAUGUACGGCAUUUCAGCAUUCUGUGAGCAUACAACAAGGAGUCAUGUUACUUCAGCGUGGACAGGAGCGUACACGUGUCGGGUGUGUCUUUACACUUUACGCACAGCAAUGUCAAUUUGUCUUGUUCGAACGCCUUGACCUCUCGAGUUUAAACGUGUUUGAGGUUUUCAUUAAAACGACACAUGAACUGAUCCACACAUUUGAUUACUGGUUUUCUGUACAGUGAGCUAUGUCUGUGCUGUUUCCUUUUGAAUAUGCAGUGGCGCACCAUAGGUCAUUGUGCUAUACUUGACUCAGUUAUACCAGCAUCCCAUGUAGAAGUAAUGCAAACCGUAGAUUGCUAUAUUUGUGUUUUAAAUCUGAACACAUAUUAAAAGGUAUUUGGAGCUGCUGGUCAGUCUAUGUACCUUAAAUUCUGUAAAAUACAUGUUAUUAUACCUCUGUGACAACAGACUUUAUAUAAAUUGCCCUAUGAGUUGAUUUCAUUUUAAGUGAUAUGAAUUCAUGCAGUGAUUUGAAAGAUUUGUUGGCUGUGCAGUAGAUUGGACAUGGUUUGCUCUUUAGAGCGACUUAACGGUAGAACAUUUAAUGCAUUUUGAGGUGAAGUUAAAUCUGUACAAUUCAUAACAAGCUGUACUUCUUAAUGUUUUAUGUGUCCCUGAGGCAGUUGAGAGCAAUGCAAGCUCAAAACACAUUUAUUUGGAAAAUGAUAAAUCUGAUGCGUAGAAAUUACUUCUUUUUUUCUUUUUUUAAGUAUUCAAAGAGAACUGCGAACAAGCCCAGAGAGAUAUGAUAUGCUACCUCUUGCCAGAGAGUUUUUAAAAGUUAUAUGUUUGAUCAGCAAGUUGUCCAAAGGUGGAACAUAAUAAAACAUAGAUUUCACAAAUUUGAGAUGAAGCACAUUUACAUAUCAUUUUGAAACCCUGUGAAGACUAACAUAAACAAAUAAAUAUAAUCUUUUUAAUUUUUAUAAGCUCCAGUAAACCAGCUAUUCUAAUUGUGUCAUAAAAAAACGUAUAAAAAAAAACGUUCUCCCACAUUUUAUUAGUUUCUUGUAUGACCUUUAUCUGUGAAUAAUAAUGUACUUAAUGCACUUGGAUUGUCUCUAUUUUGUCACCGACACUGACAGCAACGAAUGGCUGUAAACGUUGGCGAUAGCAGGAGCACAACAUGGACUUGUUAAUUGUAAAAUGAAACAUUGUUAAUUGUUUCUGCUGAAUUUUACCCAGAGAUGCACUGUAACAUAGAAAAUCUCAUUUGUUUUAAAACAUUCUUCCAAAAUGUCCUUCAACAAACCUGCUGACUUUGAGGUUAAAUACGGAAAACCGACUGUAUCGAAGCUUGCUUUUGUUAUAAAGAGAAAGAAGGUUAACUGAAAGUGAGAUGGUCUGAGAUAAGUGCAUUCAUGAA